AACUGCUUACGAGUUUACGGUUACACGGUUAAAAUUUAUUCACGUGCAACGGCCCUAAAAACCAUGUGGUCUUCUCAAGUGUUGCUUCUUGUGUCUACCAACCUAUAAAGCAAUAUCUGUUAUACUUGUAUUUUGUGAAAAAAUCUAGCUUCAAAAAUGCCAAGAUCAAAGAGAGAUAAGAAGAUAUCUCUCACUCGAACAAAUAAAAAGGGUUUGGCUUUGAAACAACAAGUUAUAGAAGAUGUUAAAAAAUGCGUAUACGAAUACAGACGUGUGUUUCUUAUAUCUGUGCAAAAUACACGAAACACUAAGCUUCUUCAGUUGCGCUCCGAAUGGAAAGACAGUAAACUUGUAUUUGGUAAACUCAGAAUAAUCGCAUUGGGCUUAGGAUGUUCAAAAGAAACUGAAGUUGCAGAUGGCAUACAUAAAUUAGCUAAUGCAUUGAGAAAUUACACAUCAAAAGGUCAAUGUGGUUUGUUAUUUACUAACAGACCAAACUCACAGGUGAUAAAAUGGGCAAAGGAAUACGAAGAUUUAGAAUAUGCACGUGCUGGAUUUAUAUCACCUGAAACAGUAGAAUUAGAUGGAUCUUUGCAGCAAUUUCAACAUACUAUGGAACCACAGUUGAGAAAACUUGGUAUGCCUACAUCAUUGGAAAAGGGUGUUAUUACUUUGACAAAACCAUUUACAGUUUGUCGAAAGGGCGAUGUACUUACUCCAGAACAGGCACAAAUUUUGAAACUAUUAGACAUACAACUAGGAGUGUUUAAGCUGUUAGUUUUGGGAGUAUAUACAAAAAAAUAUGGAUUUAAAAAACUUGUAGAAUCUGAUAACACAAAACAAAAUGAUGAAGAAGAAAUGGAUGUAGAAAAUAAUGAUACAUGAAAUGUACAUUAUAGUUUUAAAUAAAUGACUUUUUACAUGAA